ACCAACCAAACCAAUGUCUCAAUCUUCCCCUUUCCCCUCCUGCUUCCGCCCCUCCGCCGCCUCCGACUCCCACCACCGCCCGCGAUCCCCGCCACCCCCGCCUCUGCCUCUCUCCAGCAAGCCCAACCUCACCACCUGCUUCUACCAGACCGAGCUUGGCGUCUUCUCCCUCACCUGGUCCCGCACUUUCCUCGGCCACUCCCUCCACCUCGAGCUCCUCCCCAUCGACCACCACCACGACGGCGGCCCGUGCUCCCCCCUCUCCCUCACUCACUCCAUCCCCCACCGCUCCGCCAUCUCCUUCCACCUCCAGAUCAAGCCCUUGCCCUUCGUCUUCUGGAAGAAGCACGGCUCCAAGGGGCUUCACUAUCUUGAUGGAGCCGCCGCGAGGUUCCACAUCUUUUGGGACCUGUCCCGGGCCAAGUUCGGAUCUGGGCCGGAGCCCCAGUCCCGGUUCUACAUCGUCGUCGUGGCCGACCGGGAAAUCGUCUUCCUCGUCCGGGAGUUGGCCAGAGAAGCAUGCGGGAAGACAAAAGCGUGGCGGCGGCGACAGGAGAGGGCGAGCCAAUCGCUGGUUUUGAGGAGGGAGCAAGUGUUCGGGAACCGGGUUUACACGACGAAAGGCAUAUUGGCGGCAGGGCCCCCCAGAUUUCGAUCGAUUGCAACGUGGGGAGCGACGCCAGGCUGAGCUUAUCUCGUCGGAGAAGGGAUAGGGUUUUGCGGAAGAAAUCAGGAAGGGUAUAAAUGGGGCUUUUUUUU